CUUGUUCUGGCCGGAUCAACUCUUCUCGCCGCCGAACAACAUGCUCAACGUGCAGGCCCACGCCUCCGAUCUAUCCGUGCGCGCGCAGGCUUUCUCGCCCAUGUACGAGUAUCACUCGCCGCCUGCUGCGCCUCCGCCUCCGCCUCCGCCGUCCGCCUUUGCCCCACGCAUGCCGCCUCUACCAGACGGCGCGCCGCACUUUGAGGGCUGGUUGAAGCAUGCGGCGACUGUUGCCCUGGCGAACCCGCUUGGAAGCUCCGGCACUGCGCUGGGCACGGCCGUGGCGUGAGGUCGCCUGCGGGCGCUAAGUGAGCGACGAGCAGCUGAGCACGAGGCAGGUUGAGUGCUCGCGAGCCUCGAGACUAGGUUGAGUGCUGACGCGAGCCUCGAGACGUCCGCGAGCACUCGCGAGCCUCGCUGAGAGCCUCGCCUCGCCUGCCUCAGCGCUCGGCCGGUGCCAGUCGCGCCAGCCGCCAGUCCAUGUUCAGUCGUGUCCUGAGUCGUAUGCAUCAGCAGCGCUGUGGUCGUGGAGCCUCACACGCUAGCUACUAGUUACUACGCAUACGUUGUAUUAUU